AUACCCCUCAACUUUGAUUUCCCCCAUUUCGAUAUGCCGAUGAGAUUCCCCUCUUCUCUCGACUCCCUCUCUCUCUCCCCCCCUUCUCUCUCCUCCGAUCCGGAGGCCGGAGACCGCCACCAACCGCCGACCACCACCACUACUCGUCUACUUCACCACCCACAGUAGUCCUCCCUCUCUCUUUCUCUGUAAUCAUCGAUUGAAAAGCGCUUCGCAUUCUCAUAGAGUCACAGUGACCGGAGGCUUCGAGGUCGCAUUUCGAUUGACUCACCGCUGUCUGUCGCCGAAAGAGGAACCCGAGGAAGGGUUUUUUUCUUUUUUCUUUUUUGCGUAGAGCAACAGAGAUGGAAGAAGCUUCUCUCAGCAAUGGUCAAACCCCUCUUGAUCAAAGCAGUGAGAUGAUACAAGAACGAGAUGGUGAGAGAACUGAGUUAGAUGGUCAAAAUGGUGUUCCUCAAGGAAGGAAGGAAUUUGUUGCACCUGCUGUGGGAAUGGAGUUUGAGUCAUAUGAUGAUGCUUACAACUAUUACAUUUGUUAUGCAAAGGAAGUGGGCUUCCGUGUUAGGGUGAAAAAUUCAUGGUUCAAAAGAAACAGCAGAGAGAAGUACGGUGCUGUACUUUGUUGCAGCAGCCAGGGUUUCAAAAGAAUGAAAGAGGUAAAUCGUAUACGUAAGGAAACCAGAACUGGUUGCCCUGCAAUGAUUAGGAUGAGGUUAGUGGACUCUAGAAGGUGGAGGGUACUUGAAGUUACCCUUGAACACAACCACAUGUUAGGUUCUAAGAAUCACAAGUCAAUUAAGAAGAUCAACACUGAAACCAAGAGGAAGUUACAGUCAAACUCUGAUGCAGAAGUACAGACGAUCAAGUUGUACCGGGCCCUCGUGAUUGAUGCAGGGGGUAAUAAUGGGAACUCGAAUUCUAAUGCAAGAGAGAUGAGGAACUUCUCUGAUCAUCCCAAUCAGUUGAACUUGAGAAAAGGCGACACACAAGCCAUUUACAACUACCUUUGUCGUAUGCAGUUGACGAAUCCAAAUUUUUUUUAUUUGAUGGAUCUUAAUGAUGAAGUGCUGGUGAAGAAUGUGUUCUGGGCAGAUGCUAGGUCUAGGGCUGCUAGUGGUUACUUUAGUGAUGUGAUAUUCUUUGAUAAUACAUAUUUGUCGAACAAAUAUGAGAUUCCGCUUGUGGCAUUUGUUGGGAUCAACCACCAUGGUCAAUCAGUAUCGUUGGGUUGUGGCUUGCUUGCAGGUGAGACAACAGAAUCAUAUGUUUGGCUAUUAAAAGCAUGGCUUUUAUGUAUGUCGGGAUGCUCUCCACAAACUAUUAUAACAAACAGAUGCAAGUUUUUGCAGAGUGCAAUUGCAGAGGUGUUUCCAAAAUCUCAUCAUCGUUUUGCUUUGUCACACAUCAUGAAAAAGGUUCCGGAGAAGUUGGGAGGGCUGCGCAAUUAUGAUGCUAUUCGAAAGGCAUUGACUAAGGCCGUCUAUGAGGCAUUAAAACCAUUUGACUUUGAAGCAGCAUGGGGGUUUAUGCUCCAGCAUUUUGGAGUAAGUGAUCAUCUGUGGCUUCAGUCUUUGUAUGAAGAUCGAACUAGAUGGGCCCCGGUUUAUUUAAAAGAAACUUUUUUUGGUGGGAUGGCUGCCGUGCGCCCUGGUGAGACCCUGAUUCCUUUUUUUGAUAGAUACGUGCACAAACAAACUCCUCUGAAAGAAUUUCUCGAUAAGUAUGAACUAGCUUUACAAAAGAAGCACAAGGAAGAAGCACUCGCAGAUAUGGAGUCAAGAAACUCGAGUCCCACGUUGAAAACAAGAUGUCCUUUUGAGUUGCAGUUAUCAAAAGUCUAUACAAGAGAAAUAUUCAAGAAAUUUCAAUUUGAAGUGGAAGAGAUGUAUUCUUGUUUCAGUACCACACAAUUACACAUAGACGGGCCAAUUAUAAUAUUCCUAGUGAAAGAGCGUGUUUCGGGAGAGGGAAAUAAGAGAGAGAUUAGGGCUUACGAAGUUUUGUACAAUAGAGUAGCAUCAGAAAUUCGUUGCAUUUGCAGCUGCUUCAACUUCAAUGGUUAUCUUUGUCGGCAUGCAUUGUCUGUUCUCAACUUCAACGGGGUGGAGGAGAUUCCUUCAAAGUAUGUUCUAUCACGAUGGAAAAAGGAUUACAAGCGCUUGUAUAUUCCUGAUUAUGGGUCCAGUAAUGUUGAUGCGACUGAACGAGUUCAAUGGUUUAGUCAGUUGUACAGAAGUGCCUUGCAAGUUAUGCAAGAGGGAGUGAUCUCUUUGGAUCAUUACAAGGUUGCAUUGCUAGCAUUGGAAGAGUCACUGAUUAGGGUUCAUGAUGCAGAAGAAAAGCAUGAAUAAUAUAAGUUAUACAAUGUGAAUGUGCAAACAGAGCUUUUGUAAUUAGAACUGUUACUCUUUUCUUUUUAUCCCUCCUGUAAGUUUGAGGGUGCUUUGUCAUCAACCUGUUCUUGUGCACAGUAAUUUCAAGAACAUUUCAUAGUCUCACAUAUUCCAUUCCUUCUGUGCACUUAUUUUCUUCUCUCAUGACCCAUUAGUACAACAAAGGUGUUUACUUUUUUCUUCUCAAA